UAUUAAACUUUACCCCAACUAUUGUGCAUACAUUAUUUAUACGAUUUUAUUUAGAAUGUGUACCAUAAUUACAGUUGCAUGCUAUUUAUGAAAACUUUCCUAAAAAAGAUUGUGUGCUAAAAAAGAAAUUCCUAAGCUAAAUCUGAGUACAAUAUGAACUUUUCUUUGUCUGCCUUUUCCCUGAUUCUUUCAUGCAACUUGACAGUUAUAAUAUUUUUGUUUUAACAUAACUUUCCUUAUUAGAUCUUUUGAUAGACUAUACUCUAUAUCAUAAUUGGAUGCAAUUGCUUAUUACUUUUUACGGCAUGUAUUAUGUAGCCAAGUCUUAACUUGUCAGUCUAUUAACUAUUUCAUAUUUCUGAACAAAUCUGUACAGACAAUGAAUACACCUCCAAAAAUGAAGUUGUAACCUCUUUACUUAGACGAAGUUAACAAUCAAAGUAAAGACUACAAGGUCAAAGUGACUAUGGUUGAAAAAGGCAGAGCUUAACCUUCACCCAAAAAACCUGGUGUGACAUUUCAAACAAUCAUUUUUGGGGAUGAAAAGAAAAACAAGAUGCAGUGUGCUCUUUUUGGAGACCAAAUUCAAGCAUAUGAAGAAAUUCUAAAGCCAACUGGCCAGUACGAAUAUCUAAGGCUCCUAUAAAUGCUGUAGAAGAUCAGUAUAAAAUCAACCUUGAAGAACUUGCAUACCAAAUGAUUGUUGGGCAUCAGACUAUUAUCCAGCGUUUAAAUCCAGAAAUUGUUCCGAUUGAGCCUAAAUAUCAGCCUUUGUCAACUAUUCCAAGAUCACCUGAUCCAAAUGGCAGAUAUGGUAAUGAUUUGUAUUCAUCUGUUAAGGGAAAUUUAUGUUGCUGUUUGCGGCUUUUACGUUUAUACUAUAGUUUAUGCUAUUUCAAGUCAUUCUUUUUUAUAAAACAGACAUAGUUGGUGACGGUGUGGUUCUGUUUGUUGAAGAGGAUCCACGACUAAUACCUAACAUCUGUGGUCGUGAUAGUUCAGUUCGUGAAAUCUCUAUCACUGACACAAGCCAAGACCAUGCUAUCAUAAUUUCAGCAUGGAAUGAUCUUACUGGUAAACCUUGUGACGCUAUGAAAAAUUGGGCUGAAAAAUUCAAUGUUGUGGGAUUCACUGCACUCAAGACCCGCCAUACAAGGGGAUUCACUCUGAGUACAACUAUGUCCACUCGAAUUAUUAUAAAUCCUAAAGGACCAAGAGCAGACAUGCUUCGAGAAUGGGUCACAUUGUAUCGGCAUGUCCUGCUAGACAGACAAGAAAGGAUUUUGAAUGUUAGAUACCCGAGCACUGAAAAAAAAAUUGUGACAAUAGCUGAACUGAGAAGCAAAAAGGCAGCAAAUGCAACUCCCGAUGAAAUAGCUUGGAUUCGAGUUACUAUACCAGAACCUGACUUGCAAAAGGUUAAUGCAUACACUGGUUGCCUUGGUUGUGCAAAGAGAACACAUCUCCCUAUUGGAACUCACUUUCCUUGCAUUUCUUGCAAAAAAGGAGACACUGUGUCUUCUCACAAAGUCACAUUCAAUUUUGAUGCUGCUGAUGAAAGUGGGACAAUGUCAUUUACAACCUUCAACGAUGAUACAAAAAAGCUUUUCUAAGUACUAGCAACUCAAAUCUACCAUAUCAAAACCACUGGGAAUUGGGAAGCUUUCAAAGCAAUACAAGAAACACUUUCCACUAAACCUUUCUACAUCCAAGUGACCCCUACUCACGAAUUAGCUAUAAACAGUGUGCUACUUGGAACUCUCAAAAGC